AUGGACGACGACUGGGUGACGGUGACGCCGCGCACGCCGUUCGCGGACGCGGAGCUCGUGGCGCUCGACGACGUGCGCGACCUCGUAGCGGAGAACUACGCGCUGCUGGCGGAAAACGGCCGCCUGCGCCGCGCGCUCGAGGAGCAGGCGCGCGCUGCGGAGGAUGGGGUGUGGGUUGCUGUGGCGCACAAGAGCAAGGAGAAGCGGGCGGAGGGCCAGAAGGCUGGAGACAAGAAGAAAAGUGUCGCGCCUGAUAACCCCAAGGCAAAGAAUUUGACGGUGGACAAUCCCAAGUCUAAAGGCAAGACUGCAAGCGCGGAUGCGGUGGCUCCGGCCACCCCGACACUCGGGAGGCCGGUGACCAAGGCAGCACCGCUGCCCGGCCCUCCCGGAGUCUCUAGCUGCCAGAAGGCCGGAGUUGGGUGUCAUAAGUGCCCCAGCCUUGCGAUCGACCCCCACACCCACGGAGUUGGGAGAUGCCUCGAUGCGCUCAGAGCGCACGGCGCGUCAUCGUAUGCGGCGGCAGUGCGCCGCGACUCGAAGACGGCUACGGAGCCGCACGACGUCAAGACGCUCGUGGAGUGGUGGGCGGCGCAGUGA